UUUUUUUUUUCUGUUUCUCAGAAACAAAUGGAGCCUCUGGGGAGGAGGAGGAGGAGGAGCAUGAGACAGAGCGCUUUGAAAGCCUGCAGAGACUGCCUGCAACAGCUGGGACGUGUUCGGGGCCUGAUGGCACGUCUGCAAAGCCACCUGCGCAGAGGCCCUGACAGGGGCCGCUUUCACCGCCACUCACGUCCGGACCCCCUUGGCGAGGUGUGCCAAGCAGUGCCCGCUGGAGCCCAGCAGCCGUGCAGGGAGCCUGCACAAGAGGCUGUUCCCACCAUGGCCCUAUCAGCUUCCCCGGCUCCUCUGACCCCUCUGGCCUCCAUCCUGGCAGCAGACCCGCAAGACCAAUGCAACAUCAAGAGCAUCCUGCAGGGUCCUGCCACAACUUCCUCACCUCCAGGUAACUCCUUUUGGGCAUCUGCCAUCCCAGCCAUCUGGAGUCUUGGCCUCGCCAGCCGUCCCAUGGCAUUCCUCUCCUGCUGGUGGGAGACCACCAAGGCCUUGUUCUUCCCCACCUCACCCAAGUGGGAGGCCCAGCAAGAGCCCACCUCACCGGAGGAGGCCUCCAACUGGGAAAGCCCCACACACAGCUGGGCAGAGACGAGCGGCCCCUCGCUUGUCAGCCCGCCUAGCCAGAGGCUGCUGGACAUCCUCAUCCCCAAGAGGCUGGACCUGAAGUUUCACAAAGAGCGAGAAAAAGAGGGGUCAUUUUCAACACAAAGCAGCUCAGCCUACCCCCUGAGCUCUUUAGGGAUGAUAUGGACAUCACUGAGUCGGCAGCAGGAGGCUACAACCCUUCCAUCGUUCGGGAACAUCAAAGACAAAGCAGAGCUGCUGCCUGGUCCUCAGCAGUUCUUAUACCCCGAGGUCUUGAGGGACUACGUCGAGUGCACAUACAGCCAGCUCUUCUGGGGUCUCCCCUCUCUGCACAGCAAGGCAUUGGUGACUACUGCUUUUGUCCCUUGGAGCUCUUCUCAACUACAGGCUCCCCCCAUUUUAUUCUAUGGCAUUUCUAGUGGCUUUCCAGAACCCAUUCCACUGAGAAUAUCUGGAGGUUUUUCCCAGGACUCUUUCUUGCCCUGCCCUGAGGCCCAACCCCAGCCUUCCACUCAAAACUUGCCUCAGUCCCAGGCCCUCUUCCUGCCUCAGACCCAGGCCCAGCCCUUCCUCCCACUGUCUCUCCUGUUCAGACCACCUUCUGCUCCACCCCAGCUGGGGACCCUUGGGCUAUAUUGCCCAACAUUCCAGAAAAAGGCACUCUAUUUCACCCCAGCUGAAAUGCAACCUCUGGCAUGCCCCUGGCUGCAGAAGCAACAGCUGCAAAAGAGGAUCACCCAAAAUCAAAGAGACAGGGGCCUGCCUCUCGGGAUCCCACUGUCUCUGGCAAUAAAUCCAUCUCAGUGCCAAUUGGCAGACAUGCAGCCUGCACAGGGCCAACAAGAACCCAGGCAGCCCUCUCCCCUCACAGCCAGUAGUGGCCUGGGCCCAUACAAGACAAGGGCCAGGAGCCCUACCAGAUCCCCGCGGAGAUGCCAAAUGACCAACGAACGAGGCAAGGACUUCCUCGAGGCUCUAGAGCCGUGUCUCAGGAGGGUCUCAAAAUACCUCCUCAGGGCCAGCCUCCCAGACACGUUUCUGGAAAGGACCUCUGACAUGGGGGCAGAAAGGUCCUUACAGAGGGACUCUGCAAAGUGUUUCCCCAGGGUCCCAGAUAGAAGACAUCUAGAAACAACCCUCAAAGUCCACCUGAGGAAAAAGGUGGAGGAGAUUCAUAAGGGUUUGAUCCCUGUGACUGUACAGCAAUCCUGGCUUGCUGUCAAUCAGUCUCUUCCUAAGUGCCACAGUGUCAAGAAAAGCCAAACUCCAGCAUCCUGGAAGUACUGGAAGCCAUAUGUAAACACCUCCAGGGAGAUGUCUGUUCUUAAUCCUGGCAUUCAACAGAUGCUGGAAGUACAUAUUAUGAGCUUUCGGGUAAGGCACAUGUGGGACUUUCCUACCCAGGCCUUUGAACCUAUACAUCUCAAGCCAAGUAGGGCUCAGCCCUCACCCCUUCCAAGGUCUACCUUUUCCCCCUCAGCCACCCAGCAACCCAGGGAACACUCCAAAGCCAAGGUUUCCAGCCCAGGGCUCGUGGCUGACCUCAAAGGGAUCGAAGAGAGCAGCCAAGGGCAGCAGAAAUCCAUAAAACCAAAACGUAGGGACCCAUACAAUAGCCAGGGUGUGAGGCUUGCCCCAACUGAUGAGUGGAGGGGAUUUAAGAGGCUCCAACCUGAAGAGCACAAAAACUCAAAGAGCAGCCAGAGACCACAGCAACCCCAAAACCCAAAAGUGAGGAACCCAUGUAAGGGCCAGAUGGCCUCAGAUGAUGAGGAGGUCUGCAAGUGGCUCCUACCAGAAGAUGACGAUGAAACAAACAGCCAGAGAGAGAUGUUUGCCCCAGAUAAGGAGUGGCAGGGAUUCAAGAGGCCCAAGCCAAAAGCACAUAAAGAAAGAAAGAGCUGGAGAGAGAGGUUUGCCCCAACUGAUGAGUGGAGGGGAUUUAAGAGGCUCCAACCUGAAGAGCACAAAAACUCAAAGAGCAGCCAGAGACCACAGCAACCCCCAAACCCAAAAGUGAGAGACCCAUGUAAGGGCCAGAUGGCCUCAGAUGAUGAGGAGGUCUGCAAGUGGCUCCUACCAGAAGAUGAUGACGAAACAAACAGCCAGAGAGAGAUGUUUGCCCCAGAUAAGGAGUGGCAGGGCUUCAAGAGGCCCAAGCCAAAAGCACAUAAACAAAGAAAGAGCUGGAGAGAGAGGUUUGCCCCAACUGAUGAGUGGAGGGGAUUUAAGAGGCUCCAACCUGAAGAGCACAAAAACUCAAAGAGCAGCCAGAGACCACAGCAACCCCAAAACCCAAAAGUGAGAGACCCAUGUAAGGGCCAGAUGGCCUCAGAUGAUGAGGAGGUCUGUGAGUGGCUCCUACCAGAAGAUGACGAUGAAACAAACAGCCAGAGAGAGAUGUUUGCCCCAGAUAAGGAGUGGCAGGGCUUCAAGAGGCCCAAGCCAAAAGCACAUAAACAAAGAAAGAGCUGGAGAGAGAGGUUUGCCCCAACUGAUGAGCGGAGGGGAUUUACGAAGCUCCAAUCAGAAGCGUAUGAAGAAAAGUUUUCAGGACUAAGGGCUUCCCAAGCCAAUGCUGUGAGCCAUCCUCCCAAGGUCAAGGAAAGAGGAGAGUCCCUUGGGAGCAAAGACCUCCCGUUCUCACCAAGGAAGGAACACAUUUUACCUGAAAGCUCCUUCAGAAGAAGGAUGAAGCACUUUCUGCAGUAUGUAAGUCCCCAUCAAAAAGGUAAAGGAACAGAAACAGUCCUUCAGAAAGGCAAGCCUGUAUCACUCACUGCUCCAAGCCAGGAACCAGUCAAAUGUAGAUCCGGGGAUCCAGAAGCUGAGGUGACUGGAACUGUUAUUGGACAGAUCCUUGGAAAGCAACCUGGGCUUCGUCAAGACCUCCAGCCCUCAGAGUUAAACCAGCACACACAACAGCUCCAGCCCCCAGCAGCGGGGCAGUCCCACUACCAGAAGAUUCGGAUGUUCUUUGAACAGAAAAGACUGUUGAGAAAUCGAGCUCACGGUCACCAAACCACCCCCAAGGACCCCAGCUCUCUCAACAGUGGGGGCACCAAAGACAAGGCUGGCAAGGGGACCUCCCCGCCCAAGGACCUGGGGACCCCAGGCAGACCCUGCCAGCAGGGACCAAUGGUGGCAGGUACCUCAGGCCACCUGCACCAUCCCCUGACAUGCUCGCCUCCAAAAGGUGCAUCUGCUGGUCAACCAGGGCUCUGGAGCAGCGGCGAGGACGAGGACCAGGCACUCCCAGCUUGCCCACAUCCCCUGGGGGACAAGCAGGGCCAAGACCAUGUGUGCUGUCACCUCACCACCUGGUGGAGGAAACUGUACCCCAGGCUGGGGUGCCAGGAAGGAGGCAAGUGGAAGAGGUGCCCAGGCUGGGAUGCAGGCAAGGUGCAGUGA